GCCGCCGAGCUCCGGAGCGCGGCUUCUCCGGCCGGCGGCGCGAUGGGCUGCGGGAACUCCACUGCUACCAACGCGGGCGCAGGCCGAGGCCCUACAGGAGCAGCUAAAGAUAUAACUGAAGAAUCAGUAACGGAAGAUGACAAGAGGAGAAACUAUGGAGGAGUGUACGUUGGUCUGCCAUCUGAAGCUGUCAACAUGGUAUCCAAUCAAACAAAGACAGUACAAAAAAAUUGAAAUGACAUUACAGCACAACAAUUAAGAGCUUGCUCAUCAAUUUGGAAGGAAUCCAGCACUGGGGACGUUGUAAUGUCGCGUAGAUCUUUCCAUGGAAAUUCUAAACUGUUGUCCCCAGGUCCCUCUCCCACAGUCUUCAGUGGGUAGUUAAAGCAGUGAGUACAGGCUGAAAUUGAUUAGACAGAGAAAUUAGUACAGGGAAAUUGAUUGAUUAGACAGAGUGCUGGUCUGUGGAACUUUCUGCAUCCCACUUAUGGAAGACGAGCCUCUCCUGAGGUCUGUGAUUGUGCACCUGGGCCUCUGGGUUCCACAGCAUUUUACACCCCGGUUGCACAAUACUUCACAGAAGUCAUGUCUUUUCAUUGAGACUCUUUUGAUAAUUUUUAUAUGACAAAAAUCCUUAUUAUGUUGGUAAAGUAAGAUAAUAGGGAACUAUAAAUGAAUUGCCCUAAAGUAAUAUAUUUGUCGUCUUUCUCUGUUUCUACUUUGUAUUAAUUUUUAGCUGUAAAAUUGGGAAAUGGAUUCUUACUGCUGUCACAUCCCUGUUUUUACUGUUUGGUUUUCAAAUUCUGUUUAAAUCUCCUUGAUUAGAACCAGUGUAUCACACUGCAGUAUUUAACAAUAACUGAAUUAAAUUUGUAUGCCAAAUGCACAUGUUGACUAAAGUCCUAUUUUAUUUACUCAAAGGCUUAUGCUACUCUAAAUAUUUGAUAGAGAGUCUCCCAUUGUACUGUUAACGUAG